AUGAAUCGUGCACUACAAACGAUGUGCACUCGUCUCUUUACACGACCUCUUCUUAAUUUAUCAUCGGGAAUACUUCCAAAUGCCGGUGUGAAUUUUAUCCCAUGUGCAUCGGUUCGACACCACAAAUUAAAUGAUCAGCAAAUGAGGUUACGAUAUAAAAAACUACAUUGGCACAAAUUUUACAAUGACAAAUGGGUACAACGGCGUGGAGGCGGAUGGGACGAAAAAAUAACCGCAGAGAAUGAUGAAUUUUUACAAGAAAUAGUUUAUGAAACAUAUGCUGAACAAGAAAGUCCUCUAAAAGAUGGUCCUUGGCAACGUGGCAAAUUUACAGCAGACCCAGAAACAAUACGUACUGGUGCGCUUGGACUUAAACUAGGAACAUUACCACAAUGGGAUAAAAAGGGUAGAAAAUUUUAUGUCACAUUAAUUCAAAUUGUCGAUAAUCAUGUUAUUAAUUAUACACCACCGGAAAUGAUUAAUUUUCGUACUCUAUUUACAACACGUCCAUUACGUCGAGAAUUGCAAGGAAAAGUUGGUAUGCUUGUUGUCGGAGCAUUAUCAUGUGAUCCAAGAAAAUUCACUCGAGCAUAUAAUGGUUUAUUUGAAAAAGCAGGUGUACCACCGAAACGUAAACUGACGCGAUUUUUUAUUACGCCAAAUAGUGUUAUUAAACCUGGUACACCUCUUUAUGCAACGCAUUUUCGUUGUGGAGAUUAUGUUGAUGUACAAGCACGUUCAAUAGAUUACGGCUUUCAGGGUGUUAUGCGUCGAUAUGGUUUUCGCGGUGGUCCAAGUGAUGAAUAUGGUGCCACAAAAUUUCAUCGUAAACGCGGUACAGUUGGUUCUGGUCGUAAACAUAAAAUUUUACCUGGCACACGCAUGGCUGGCUUAAUGGGCAAUAAAUUAGUUAUGAUGAAGGGUUUGAAAGUAUGGCGUAUAAAUACCAAAUACAAUAUUCUUUAUUUAAUGGGUCCAGCUGUGCCUGGUCCUAAUCAUGGUUAUAUGCGUAUACAAGAUUCAACUUUAUACGAACGAAGAAAAAUUUUUACCGAAGAAAAUCAUCCACCGUUUCCUACGUAUUAUCCAGAUGAUAAUGAUGGCAAACCAUUAGAUGAAGAAUUAUUCGCUGAUGAUAUUUAUCGUUUCGAUCAGCCAUCGUUAACAUUAGAUGAUGUACAAGUUGCUCCAUUAACAUCGCGUCGUACAACAGCGAAAACAGCACAAAAGAAAAAAUAA